GUGUAACAUGGAUAUGUUGAUUUGUAUAAGGAUAUUGCUGUUAGGGCUGUUAUCAACAUUGCAUCCAGUAUCGUCUGUUGAUUGCCGAACAGACAGAUGCCAUACUCAUGAUGGUGUCACAGACUGCUCUUCUCAAAAGCUCAGCUGCAUUCCCUGCAACAUUGCUACAGCCACAGUGCUCAAAAUGGCCCACAAUGUAAUACGCGGUCUCAACCAAGGUGAUUUUCAUUGUUUUAAAAAUCUGAAGUCUAUUGACCUCAGUCAUAAUCAAAUCACAAAUAUUACAGACAUGACCUUUAUGAAUAUGACUGAACAGAGCAAAACCUCACUCAGAUAUUUGAACCUACAGCAUAAUAAGUUAGGCCUAGGCCUAUCUGUUAUUCAAGGAAAGCCAUUUGAGGGACUAUCUAAUCUCGAAACUUUGGAUUUAAGUUUCAACCAAAUUUGUACAAUUGCGAAUAUUUUUGAUGGGUUGUCAAAUUUGAUAACACUUAACUUAGGAAACAAUGAAAUUACAGAGUUACCACACGACAUGUUUAAAGGACUUUCAAAUCUUCAGACAUUAGAACUUCAACACAACAAAAUACAAACACUUGGAGCUAAUGCUUUUGGAAAUACUUCGCAUUUAAAACGUUUACGGAUUGACCAUAACGAUUUAACUGCAUUGCAUAUGCAACCUUUUAAUAAUCUGAAGAAAUUGCAGCAUCUUGACCUCGGCUACAAUAAUCUAAAAACUAUUGGAAACAAUAGUUUUUCCACUUGUUCCAAACUUGAAUAUUUAAAAUUGAAUGACAACAUGUUGACUUCCAUUACGAAAGAUUUAUUUGGCGAUCAUACACUCUUCAAGGAACUUCAGUCUUUU